AUGGCCGUGAGACCCCUACAUUUGUUUGCCGUUAUUCUUGGAUCGUUAGAGAUCGUGCUAUUUGCAGGUGUUAUAUUUGGCUGGCAUUCCAUUGUCUAUAUCUACAAGGAGGAGGGGUAUUUUUAUACCUGUGCUGGACAAAAUGAAACGCAGCCUAAGUUGUCACAUUCUUCUUCAAAUGUCACUCUUCUGUCAGGGCAGCUGCAGACAAAUGCAUCCUACAUGUAUACAACAGCAGACAACAAGUUCAACCUCAUCUUCACGCUGGCCACAGCCGUCAAUGGACUUCUGUCGGUCGUCAACGGUUACCUCUAUGACCGGUUUGGGACCAGAUUCUGUCGCAUCAUUUUGAUACUGUGUUACUUAAGUGGACUCUCAUUCAACAUUGCAGCUUCUGCAGACCGACCUAGCUUGCUGUUUCCGGGGUUUAUCUUGACGACAUAUGGUGGUUACCUGAUUCUGAUAACAAACCUGCAGCUGGCGGGUCUGAUACCUCACCUGCGCUCCAUGCUGAUGGCGCUGUAUUCUGGAUCCUACGACAUCAGCGCCGGCAUGUUUCUUCUCUUCAAGGUUCUUUUUGAAAACGGUCUCCGGGUGAACUUCAGCUUUGUCAUUCAAGGACUCCUCUUCUGUCUCAUCAUCAUCAGCAGCACAUUUCUACUCCACAAGAAACAUCACCUUCCAUGGCCGAUACCUCCCGACUAUGUCUUAGAGCUAAACACGUGCUGCAGACAGAAAAAAAAUGCGAGGCAAGAAAACGGACCAGAUGACAAAACCUGGACAUUGAAUGUCAAUGGAAGUAUGGUGAAUCUCAGUUCAAAGGAUAAACCGACUGGAUCUGUGGCAGUCGACCUGCCCGUCACAAAGGGAGAGGUAAAAAAAGACAAAGAAAAGUCCACCACUCACACAGAAGUAGAGGAGGACCAGAAGAUAGAGGAAACUUUCCUACGGACAGGGGACACAACUCCGGUGAAAGACUUCAGUAAGAUUGCCUUAUCUCCCUUGUUCCUCUUCGACCUCAUGUGGAUUUGCAUUCAGCGACUAAUAAACUGGUUUUUUGUUGGAUUCUUCAACCCGUGGAUCACUCGGUUGGCAUGUGGUGAUAAGUCUGUGGUGAGUCACUACACCUCAUUUUUUGCAGUUGUUCAGUUUUUGGGAAUUUUCACUGCGCCAAUGAGUGGAAGACUGAUGGAUCGAAAAAUCAAGUCUGUUCAUAAAUAUUCAAAUCCUAAAUAUGAGAAGCUUCAUGCAUCAAUAGCUUCGUUUCUGCUGAACAUAACGGUGUCGGUGCUCUUAGCUAUCACCAUGAUGAUUCCCGUGAUCGAGGUCCAGUACCUGACGUGUAUCCUGCACUCACUUCACAGGUCAUUCCUGUAUGGGCCAAACUCCGCAUUCCUGGCAAACGCAUUUCCAGCUGAGCAUUUUGGCAAGCUGUUCGGAAUUUCACUGACUGUUUCCGCCAGUUUUGGGAUGUUGCAAUAUCCUUUGUUCCUUCUUAUUCAGGGACCACUGAACAAUGAUCCACUAGUUGUAAAUAUUUUAUUUAUUAUCCUGAUGAUGAUAACCUUUAUCCACCCAGCAUACAUCUGGUAUUACUUGAAGAAGAAACACAGGCACCAAACUUCGACAGUGGAUGAAAUGAUAGUCAUAGAAAAACCCUCAUAGUUAUUCCAGAGUCUGCGUGUGUAUUUGUAUGGUAUGUCUUAGAUGGAAAAUACACAUGAAUAAGCAAAAUGAAUGAAUGCAUGAACAUUGUCAUUAAACAUUCAUUCAUUUAUUCAUGCACAAAGGGAAAUUGUCAGUUUGGUUACAAUAAAGUAAAGUUAUUUUUUUCAACAAUUAUACUAGAGCACAUUUAUUAAUCAUUGUCUAUUGGAUGUCAAACAUUUGGUAAUUUUGACAUAUAGUUUUUGAGAGAAAACCCACUACAUUUUUCCAUUAAUAGUAACAAAGGAUCUUUUAUAUGCACCAUCUCACAGACAGAAUAGCACAUACCAUGGCCUUAGAUAUACCAAUUGUGUUGCACUAUCUAGAACUAGAAAUAGACCAAUGGUUGUCCAAUAAAGGUAAAUGAACCAACAAAUGUCAGUACAAACAUUUUGUCAAAACAGUGCAUGAAGCUGUGGUGUUGAAUGAAUGUCUAAAACCAAGUUGUUCAUUGUGUAUUAUUUUAUUUAAAUUUUAUCAUAACUUUUUGUUUUGUUUUACAAUACACUAAUGAGAGCUUAUAAUGACAGUCGGUGUAUAGUUACAUAAGUCAAAGAACCAAUAAUACACUACAAAAUAAAAACAUCUAAGGUCAAAUUUUAGAAAACGUGUAUAGAGCUGUCCUAUUGAAACAAACCAUGACUAAGAACAACUACAGAACAAAGGAUAUACAUGAGUCAUGAGCUAAUGUCGUACACGUAACACAGAUGUCCUAUUAUGAAACUCUUUAUUUCUGUACUAAACAAAGAUAUUAUAGAAGGUUACUUUCAUGGAAAAGUAGAUUAAGACUAAAAAACAUAGUUAGACUGCCAUUUUGUCACACAGAUGAGGUUUUCACUCCACUUACGCAUAUUACAUCUGACAGACAAAAUAAUUAUAUGUUUUACCUUUUACCCUUCCUAGAAAGUGGUUUAUUAACAAUGAUUCAACAUCUAUCUUUAAAAGAUAAUAAAAAGUGUUAUAAAAAGCAAGAAAUUAACAGUUUUUGGAGCAGUGGGAAAAUGUCCCUCUGGACUUGUCCUUGCAGUGAAUCACAUCUAACAUUUUUAUAUCUUGACUAGUACAAUAACUCUUGACAAAUGAGCAUAAAAGCACAUGAAUACAUAUUUAUACAGUAUAACUUGCCAUCAAAAUAAAGAUAUAACCUAAUGUUAGUGCUAAUUGAAUUAAAAUGAAAAAAUAACCUAAAAACAAUAAUUAUAGUUCCAUUCAGUCAGUUGACAUUAAAGACAUGUAUAUAGUUGUCAAACACGGAGCAAAUACAUCAGCACUUAGUGGACUUUAUUUUUUUUCAACUGGUGGUGUUUGUCUUUCAGCAGUUUAAGUUCCUAAGUGACCAAAGAGAAUGCAUGUUGUCCAAACAACUCGAUAGGUCCAUGGAAUAUGAAUCCUGGAUCAAUGCACUCAAUAUCAGUGGGCUUCAGCCAUGAGAAUGAGUUGCUGCUACCUUUCGGUCUGACGAAGUUCAUUUGGACUCCAUCACUGGUAACCUCCAACACUUGUCCAAUGUACAAUUUAGGUGGAUGGGUAUAGAAAACAGCAUGGUUCUUCUUAAUUUUAGGCUGACCUUAAGGCUGAACUUCAUAGGAUGACUGCUGGUUUCCAGUUCCAGUCAUCUGGUCACAGUCAGUGGGAGGCACUGCAAUAAGAAAUAAUAUGGCUGUUGUGACUAUUUCAUAAUGAAUGUUUUAUGAUGAUAAAUGAUUCAUGAUUCAUGAAAUAUUCAUGUUUAACCGUAAUCCAAUAACACUACAAGCGAGUAUUAAUACUUUGAAGGAAAGAUUUUUGAAGUCUAAGCCUUUUUUUAAAAUUAAAAAUAAUAUGACUGCUUUUAGAUCAGUAGAAAACUGAAUAUGUUUUACCUUCUAAAAGUUCUAACAGAGUUGUCACUUCACCAUUUUCAAUUUCAGUGUCGGCAAUGCUGUAAUAAAACAUGUACAUGUAUAUGAAAAAUUAUUUAUCGGCACUGACAAAAGAAGCUGGAAAUAAAAUUGCAGAAAUAAAAAAACAUUUAAAGUUACAAUGUCUCCUUUCCACAUGCAUGUCAUACUGCUGACUUGGCCCCUUUCCAUGUCUUGAACCGAAGAACUUCGCUCAAAAGAUAUUCCAUGAGUCAACUUUGAGAAACUGAUGUCGGCAAAUGGGGAUUGUGAUUUGUACUGGCCAGUACAACCAUCAGUGAACUCAACAACAUGGCUAAGAUUCAGUCGUUUAUUUUUUUCUCUCUCGCAAAUGCCUCAAUGCAAGUGUCUCAAAAUGAUGUACAGAAGGGCAAUUGUGAGUUGUCAUGAAACAGAAAAACUAAAGCCUCCUGCACCACAUGGGAAGAAUCUUGGUGCUUGCAGUUACAGUAAUAGACCAGUGGAUGGACUGUAACCUGUUAUAUUGCCCAGUGGGCUGACUGGAUCUCAUCUAGAGAAGCAUAUGCAUAAUUUUCAGUGAAGUCCAAGACGAACAAAGUCCAAUUACUUGGUAGUUUGUUUCAAAUCAGAGAAAACUGGUCUUGCUGCCAAUAGGCAUUAAAGAAGUGCUUAGCCAAUGGUUCUGUUUCUUCUAAGAAUUCUCUAAUCAUGCAGGCGAAGGUCCUUCUUCUCGUAGCCUAAACUUUCUUAUUUUUCUGCUUUUCAUCAUGUAUGUAUGUCUGGCUUUCCCACUUCUGCCAAGUGACCAUUAUUUAUUGGUUCUAGUCCAAAAAUGUCAGAUUUCUUCUCCAGAAUACAAAUCCCACAUUUCGUGCACAUCCUAUCAAUACAUUUGGUUCACGUCCUAUCAAUACAUUUGGUGCACAUCCUAUCAAUACAUUUGGUGCAUGUCCUAUCAAUACAUUUGGGUUGGUGGUAUUUGUCCUCCCCUUUGUCACAUAUUGUCAUGCUUACCAAUUCAUACUUGUCUUUGAUUUUUACAUCUUUUCGAUUACAAGCUUGCAGGGUCACUUCAGAAGAAUAUCUGUGCAAUAUUCACAAAGACACUGACUCAAUUUGGUUUUGUGUUGCAGAAGGACAUAUGAUGGUCGGAGCUUUGCAAAUACAACAAAGGAAACAACAUUAUUAUCUAGAUUCUCUGUUUGCCACAUACUGCAUGCCUGCUGCAUAGAGAUUUCCAUUACAAAUCUCUGCUAUUGCUGCUUCUUUACUACUGUUCGCAUGUAUGGCAGCUCCUGAGAAACUUUUAGAUCUUUAAAAAACCUCUCUAUGUUGUUCACGACAUCUAUGCAUGUGGCAUCAACGCUGUGCUUUCUUUUGCUAGAAAGUGGCUACUUCGUUGAAUCCUGGCCAGAGAUCUAAUCUUUUGGCUAGCACUAGCAGGCUCUGCAUCCUCUAUUUUUUCGACACUAAUAAACUACUAACUUAGUUGUCUAUGCAGCAAUGAUGUAGAAUCACACUUCAUUUUUAGAUGGCAUAUUUUUUAUUGCAUUGGAUCCCCAAAAUUUAGUGCCUUUCGUCAUGUCAAACCUCGGGUCUUAAGUGCAGCCUGCUUCCUAGGUGUUUUACAUGCACAUGUACAAAAUGUACAACAAUAUCUGCAAACUUUUCAGCAUCCUUUGGAAUUUUAGACCACAUUCUAGAAAUGGCCUGCUCGACAUUACGUGGAGGUUCUGGUGUAACACAUGGCUGUGCCAACAACUGCUUCUGCGAAUUUCGAUGAUCUUUCAUUUCUUGUUAACAUCUUAAUAUUUUUCUUCGGUUGUGGCACAUGAUCAUGAGGAAGAUCCACUUCAGUCUCUAGUAAUUUGUUUUUAGCUUGAAAUCUUCUUGGUCGUUCCUGAUUUUUCUCUCUCUCAAGUACUUUUCCUAAAUCAGUCCGAUUUUUCCUGUACUCUUUUGCACGAGCAGCUUCAGCACUUCUAAAUUCUGCCCAUUUCACUGGGUCUUGUUUCAGUCAUUCUCGCCAAGACUGAAUAUGCCGUGCAUUAUCAAUGUUCCUAUGGUUGGAUUCAUCCAAUGUCUGUUCAUUCAAUUGAACUGCUGGCCCUGGUGCCUCCUGCAGUUGUUUGCGACUUGAGCAUUUUAUUGGUAACUUAACUUUCAAAGAUACUUCUGUCCCAGACCAGACCACUGGCUAUCAAGAAGCCGGGCGUGGGAUGGACAUGCCCGAAACCGUAGUGGUAUAGGGGCAUGUUAAAAGGGUACUUUCUCUCUCUCAAAGACAUUCUAAAUAAAUUUAAAAAAUAAAGAAAUAACACAAUAAACUAUUAUUCCUAGAAUAAUUCAUUAAUGACUGAAAAUAUGAAUGAAAAGUAAAUAAGAUGGUCAAGUAUUUUAUCAUAAAAUAAUAACUAAGUACCUGUAAGAGAUCUUUUAUUUCUAAAAUAAAUCAACAGUAGAAGAAUCAUGACAAAAUAUUAAAGACAGUCACAUACAUGUAUUUUUUUGUGAUAAAAUUGUAACUUAAGUAAGAGAUGCAUAAAUAAUCAAAUUAACUAUGAUUUGUAGAAUAAAUAAUUUAAGUUUCUAAAAAUUACUGAUGAAAAUUAAGAUUGUUCAUGUAUUUUUUCAGUAAAAUAAAAACUGAGUAAUAUGCACCAAAAAUCAGAUUAACUGUGCAGGGCUUUAGAUUGUACCAAAUACAAGACAUUAAAUGUGCAGAAAGUACAAAAUUUCCAUAUAAUCAUGCCCAAAUUAAGUACAAACAUGCUGACUUCAAAAGAUUUCACCUCAAAACUACUGAAAUGUUAAGCUUUUAAAUGGAGUUUUGAAUAUCUACAACCCUUCCAUAGCUUCUAAUACAAUUACUGCACUAAAACGUUCUUGCAUGCGCUUAGAACACACAAGAAAAGUCCCCAUAUUAGUGAGAUCUAAAGCCCUGAUAUUACUGUAAAAUAAAUCAAUAUAUUGAAUAAUACUGAUGAAAUUUAAAGAAGUCUGUCACAUAUAUUUGCGAUAAAAUAUUAAUGCAGGCUCAAAAUUGCAAUCGGUGGCCCCUUUCAUCCAUGGCAAUUCUUUUUAAAAUUGCUGUGGGAGACAAAUUCUUAUGUUCGAGCCCUGGGUAUACUCGGCUUUAAAUGCAAGCCCAAGUUAAGUCUCCCUCGCUAAUUCCUUCUGAAUAAAAUAAAAUUCCAUACACAAGGCCCUCAUCUCUCUCUUCUUUUUAGCUAUUUUAUGUUUGUCAGAUAUAUUGUUAGUGCUUUACUAAAUGGCGUAAAACAUUUUUCAGUUCCGAAAUUUCAGUAUUUUGAGGUUUGCUCAGUACGGUAAAUCAUUAUUGACAUGAUACCAAUACCAAAUGGUAUAUAUGGUAUACCGCCCAGCUAUAAGAGUUACAAGGUUAGUUUGAAGCCUAAAUGUAACAUUUUGGUACCAGUUCUGUUAUAACUCAGAACUUUUAUGUAUGUUGUUUGGGUUUGGAGGAAUUUUGUUAUGAAUAUAUAUUUUUUUUUAUAGCUUAGAGAAGGCCAUAUGGGAGACUAAUAUAUUUUUAUUCUGAAUGUGUCGCCUUUAAAAGUUUGUUUUAUUUAACGACGCCGCUAGAGCACAUUGAUUUUUUAUCUUAUCAUCGGCUAUUGGACGUCAAACAUAUGGUCA